AGGCGCUGGGCCGCCACUGCCGCCGCCACCACCGCUGCUGCCGCCGCUGCCGCUUCCCCGGCUUUGGGGCGCGAGGAUCGGCACCGGUCCGGGACAGGCUCAGGCGCCCUACACAGGAGCUCGAGACGGUGUCAGGCUGCCCCGGGCUAACCCUGCGCGGCUCGGCUGCCCGCGGGCGCCAGAGGCCAUAUUGGAGGAGCGGCGGCCGCGGCGGGAGGAGCCAUGUUGGCGGCUGUUUAUCCCACUCCCCUCGGGCUCGACGUGCCCGCCCCGCGCCCCCUCCCCCAUCGCCAUGCCCCCUCCCCUCCCCGCGGGCGGGCAAUUCAAACCCGAAAGGGCGGGAAGGCGGCGCUCGGGUUUGGCGGGCGGGGGAGCGCGCUGCCGCCAAAAAACCGCCGCCGUGAGGGGGCGGGGCCCAUGUCCCUUGGGGCGGGGCUUCGCAGUGUGGCCCCGCCUCCGCCCACGGCCCCGGCGCACGAGACUCGCGCCGGUGCGCGCCGCUGCCGCCCACGAGUUCCCCCGGCUGCGCGCGCCUCCGGUCUCCCGCCCUCGACGGCUGCUAUGGUAACGGCGCCCGGGCCCCGCCUCCGGAGGGGUUUGUUUGCACCAUCGGCAGCUGUUGCUGCUCCCUGGCGCGGCGGCGCGGGCCGCGCUGCUCCGCGCUUCUCGCUCCGGUUUAGCGCGCGCCGCCCGGGGCGGCUCGACGGAGACUCUGGGCAGGCUGGGGCCCGGGUACCCGCUGUCCCUGCGCUCUCUGGGCCACUUCGGGCGCGACGCUUACACAGAAGAGCAGUCCGCUCUCCGAGCACUUCGGGCAGCGUCACGGGAGCUGGGGAUGCUAAAACCGGAAGAUUUGCGUGUCCUAGAGAAGUUGCUGAAGGGGAUGCUAAAGGAGAUAAAGCCAAGGUGAAGGAUGAGCCACAGAGAAGAUCUGCAAGGUUAUCUGCUAAACCUGCUCCUCCAAAGCCAGAGCCCAAACCUAAAAAGGCCCCUGCAAAGAAGGGAGAGAAGGUACCCAAAGGGAAAAAGGGGAAAGCUGAUGCUGGCAAGGAUGGGAAUAACCCAGCAGAGAAUGGAGAUGCCAAAACAGACCAGGCACAGAAAGCUGAAGGUGCCGGAGACGCCAAGUGAAGUGUGUGCAUUUUUGAUAACUGUGUACUUCUGGUGACUGUACAGUUUGAAAUACUAUUUUUUAUCAAGUUUUAUAAAAAUGCAGAAUUUUGUUUUACUUUUUUUUUAAGCUAUGUUGUUAGCACACAGAACACUUCAUUGUUGUUUUGGGGGAAGGGCAUAUGUCACUAAUAGAAUAUCUCCGAAGCUAGAUUGAUUCAAGGGGAAAAACACCAUUCCCUUCUAGUUCUGAGAAACUUCCUCUUGGUUCCCAGGAGGAGCAAUUCCUUGAUGUUGACACACAUUAGCCACCUUGGCACAAAUGCCUUGUAGGGUGGAAAAUCUAAAAUUCAUUUUUUAUGUCCUUUUCUCCCUCUGCCUUCAACAUAGACUUGACUCCCUUAAACCCAGAGACCUGUUGGAACCUGACCCCAAGAAAUGGUUCCCAGUAUGUCAGGCAAUCUGGACUUUACAGUGUCACCAUGGAGAUGGCAUCCCUCAAAAGAGUUCCUUUUUUAGCUUGUGGAGCUUCAGAUUGAUAAUUCUGCCAUUUUCAUUUCAUUUCCUGAAAGUCAGGGUCGGCUUGUGAAAAGUUGUUAAACAACAUGCUAAAUGUGAAAUGUCAACCCUCACUCUAAACUUUCCCUGUUCAGAGCAUCAAAUGAAGAUUUCAUUGGGUUUUAUAGUGGCUUUCUGAUUUUGGUAGUCCAUUGAAGAAGGGAGUUUGAAAGUUGUUGUAUACUGUUAACGAUUGUCUGCCCAUGUCCUGCCUGAAAUACCAUGAUUGUUUAUGAAAAGUAUCUUUAAUAAAGCUGGAUACAGUUUG